ACCAAAUGUCCAGAGGGGCGUUAUUCCAGUUGAUGUUCUUGGAGUGUUGUGGAUUUAUACCUGAAAACAACCCUAAAAAGCAGGUGCCAUUUCACCCACCUUCCAACAGAUUGCUUCACCUCCUGCAAGAGUUUGUUUGCUGAAAAAAAUGAGGCGGAAGCUUUUUGCAGUUGUGAGUGGCCUGAAGGAAAGGAGUACCAUAAUCUACUUAUGUCUUUUGGUGCUCGUUGUCAGCUUCAUUUCUUUCUAUUCCAGACUUUUAGUGAACAUCUUCCCUUCGGACUACCUGCCGGUGGCCAAUGAAGGAAUGCUGAGACAAAGACUCAAUUUAGACGAAGUGCUUAACUUUGGGGCUAGACCACAGGUUGAAACACGCACACCUUGGGAAGCUCCUAUCAUCUGGAAUGGGAUGUUUGACCCCGAGCUUUACGACCAAAUGUACAUCCAAAACCAGGCAUCUGUGGCCCUCACUGUGUUUGCUGUUGGAAGUUACUUGGAUGCCUACCUUGAGACUUUCCUUACCUCUGCUGAAAAACAUUUUAUGUUGGGAUUACAAGUGACAUAUUACGUGUUUACGGAUCUACCAGAUAAGGUGCCGAUCAUCAAGCUUCCUCCUCAGCGAAGCAUGAAGGUUAUCCAGGUGGAAAAGCACUCCAGGUGGCAGGACAUCUCCAUGAUGCGCAUGAAAACAAUAUCACAUGCCAUAAAAUCAGAGAUUCGGCACCACUGCAAUUAUGUCUUCUGCUUUGACGUAGAUCAAGAGUUUAAGGGAAGAUUUGGCUCAGAGGCUCUGGGGGGUUCUGUGGCUGUACUACACGCGUGGUUUUACAAACGUCCAAAGGAAAGUUUCACCUAUGACAGAAACCCCAAAUCCAAAGCAUGUAUGAAAACCGGAGAUUACUACUACCAUGCUGCUGUCUUUGGAGGCCUGUUAGAAAACGUGAAGAAUUUGUCAGAUUACUGCUUUCAGAGUAUCAUGGAGGACAAACUAAACAAUGUGGAGGCUAAGUGGCAUGAUGAAAGUCAUCUUAACAAGUACUUUUGGCUUCAUAAACCAAGCAGGCUGCUCUCCCCUGAGUACUGCUGGGACCCGAUUAUCGCGGAAUCAGGUGACAUAAACGUCACCCGCCUAAUAUGGGCCCCGAAACAUUAUGACACACUUCGUAAUCAGUUGACAAGCUAAGGGAAACACUCAAUGGAAUAAGUUUGAGAAAAGUGCAGGAUUGUUUACUAAAAGCUUUGUUGGAUUCUUACUAUAAAAAGUGGGACUGUGAAAUAGACUUGUUUUUUUACCUGUUCUGAAAAUCCAAUUUAUGUAAAUAUUUAUGAUUGUCUUUGUGUACAAGAAUGUCUA